UGUGGGAAAAAUCAGUAGCAGACGCUGCGGCGCGCGGUGAAAGUCGGUGCGGAGGGAAACAGUUCGGUCGGAGUUUUUACCUGUCAUAAACGCUUUUCUGGGUUAGUCGCAUGAAAACUGAGUACUUCGUUCAAAGGAUGGCGCUUCCCGACAAAUACACUCACCGGCACCUGUAUUUCUUCCAUAAAGUUUGGGAUCUGGAUCACGAUGGGUGGUUGAGCGCGGAGGAUUUUGAUAAUACAGCGGAAACACUCUCGGUACUGCAGCGUCACGGGAAAUGGGAGGAAGAUGUUGUGGAACGGUGGAAGCAAUACCUGCGUGGGUGGUGGGAUAUCUUGGUGUCGGAGACACGCCCCAUCGCCCUAUCGACACCGGGGUUCGUUUCCGGCCCCGUGGAACAUCGACGCACAUCCAGCCCGCGCGGCUUCACCGACAGUUCAUCCGUGGCGACCAAUGACGACGAGGGCGUACGGGUGUCCUUUGAAGACUGGAUGCGCUUUCUGAAUAAAGUCAGCAUCUUAUCGGACAACUACGACCAACUACCGGACUUUCUUCGAGCCUACGCUAAUCUUCUGUUUGUCCGCAUGGACAGCAACAAAGACGGACUGAUCUGCGUCAAAGAUUACCGAAUGUACCUGGCGCAGAGCAAUAUGGAUAUUAUGCGUGCCAACGACUGCUUCGCCUUUAUGCUAACGAGUCAAGACAUCCGCAACGAAAGCAUCCUUACACGACAGCGCUUCGACGAGCUCUUCUUCGAAUACUGGACCAACCGUGACCCCAACUGUUACGGGCAGUAUCUACUAGGUCCGUAUGAUUCCGUGCCCUUUGACCAGCUGCUGCGCAUGAGUACACCGUCCAACCGCGGCUACGCUCAGAAGGCACCCGCAGCUGUACCGAUACACGCGCCGGCACGUCGCCCCGUGUACGCCACCGACCGGUUAAUUUAGGUUAAGUUCUGGUGCCAAUUUUGCAGUAAAUUUUCCGCUGCAUAAUGAUAUUAUAUUUUACAGUUCGAAACUGAUGUCGAAUAAUGAUGAUACCUACUUCGAUGUUCUCAGUUUUGAAAAAAUAGCUUUUUAUUCUAAACGUUAACAAGUUCGAUUUUAGUUGUACUAAUUCUAGUUAAAAAGGCACAUUUGGUGAUGCAUACAGAUUAUGCUACAGAUUAAGCAUAACAUAAUUAUGGUUUAAUUGCAUGAGUAUUA